AUGGAGGAAACCAUUCCAUAUAUCAUGAAGUUACCAGUCCUGCCAAUGUUCAAUGGAGAAGGGGACCCGCGAGAUCAUACUUCCAGAUUCAUAGCCACCAUGGGGCUACUCAGCGUAUCAGACGCAAUUCUAUGCAGGGUAUUCCCAACCACACUCACUGGUACCGCCCAAAGGUGGUACAACAAACUGAAUUCAGGAUCCAUCAAAAGCUUCGCCUCACUGUCGACAGAAUUCCUCAACAGAUAUCUCACGAAUAUACCAUCCAAAACAACCACAAGCAUCCUAAGAUCAUGCAUUCAGGAAGAAGGAGAAACGCUAAGAAGCUAUAUCGAACGAUUCAACAAACAAGCUAUGAAGAUCGAUAAUCUGAACGUUGACAUGGCAACCAAAGCAUUGCGAGAAGGAACACGAUUCAGAAAACUAGUAGACAAGCUGCUGGUUAAUAAACCCACGACUUUCUCGAAUCUGAUGGGCAUAGCUCAAAAAUACUUCGAGCUAGACGAGGGCCGGAGGGCGAUUCGUGGGAAAGAAGCAAAGGGAAAAGAGUCGAAAGAGAAAUUCAAAUAG